AUGGCAGCCCCACCGCCAGGCAUCUACGUGCCUGUGCCGACUUUCUUCCAAUCAAAGAAGUCGGCCACUUACAGCUCUAUUGCGUCCCCACUAGAUAUUGAAACACAAGCAGCGCACUCGAUAUACCUAGCAAAAGCUGGCAUCAAGGGCCUUGUGCUGCUUGGUAGUACAGGAGAGGCUAUUCACUUGACUAACAAGGAGAGGUUCGACGUAUUGUCAGGAGUUAGGCAAGCAUUCGAGAAGGAGGGCUUCAAGGAUUAUCCCAUCAUCGCUGGAACUGCAACUCAGAACAUCGAGGAGACGGUUGAGCAGUUGAAGAGCGCAAAGGAAGCUGGCGCGCAAUGGGGUCUGUCUCUGGUACCUGGUUACUUUGCUGGCGCAAGCACACAGGAAGGUAUCAUCCGAUGGUUUACAGCCGUCGCUGAUCACAGUCCCAUUCCUGUGUUAAUCUACCACUACCCUGGCGUCUCGAAUAAUGUCAAGGUCAUCCCAUCGACAUUUGCUACUCUCGCCAAGCACCCGAAUAUCGUGGGCUGCAAACUUUCGCACGGCGACAUCUCAGUGCAUGCACAGAUCGCCUCGCAUCCAUCCAUAGAUCACUCAAAGUUCGCGACUUUCACCGGUCUCGGCCAGCAACUGCUACCUGUAAUCACUGUCGGUGGGGUCGGUGCUAUCGAUGGCUGCGCAGGUUUCUUCCCCAAGAGUGUGGUCAAAUUGUAUAACCUGUCGAUCAAGAACUCACUCUCUGACGAAGAGCUCAAGGAACGUCGAGCUCUGCAGUGGAAGAUCAGCACCGUGGAAGAAAUUGUGAUCAAGUUUGGUACGGUCGGCAUCAAGGAGGCUAUCAGCAGAUUACGAGGUUUUGGAGACGCUGAUGGCACUCGUUUGCCAUUGGAAGGGGGUAUUCCUGGAGGCGACGCCGAGUGGGCCAAAUGGCAGGAGAGUAUCGAUGUCGUACAGAAGGUGGAGGAUAGUAUUUGA